CUUCUUUAGCACAAAUCAUACUUGAGUGAAAUAACUAUUUUUCCACUCAGAAUCAGUUAUAAAAAGCAUGUCAAUGAUACGAGCAGCUUAGUCUCCUGGUCUCAUCAGAGAAGGCUUGUAAACAUUUCUGGAAAGCGUGCUGGCUGGUCGGCUCAUCUUUGGAUGGUCAGUUUUGUGGUUCUGAAGGAUCAAAGAUUGGUUAGUGAAGAAUGCUUUCAGAAGGCUAUCUCAGUGGACUUGCCUACUGGAAUGACAUCCACUGGAAUUGUGCAUCUUUUCGUGAGCAGGUCGCUGGAGAACAGCAAGUAGAGACAAAUUCCGUUGCUGCUCUUUCCUAUUCCUCUGUGGAUGAAACACAAAUAAGAAGUGUUUAUGUGAGCUGCAAAUCCUCUGACAAGUUUGUUUCUUCAGUGCAUUCAAGAGAGCACCAACAAGGCGAAAGUCCUAGAGUAACAGUGCUGCACACAAACUCCAAUCCUGUGUUUGAAAGCCCAAAUUUGGCAGCAGUUGAAAUAUGCAGAGACCCCAGCAAAGAGACCUUCUUGGUUCCAUCUUCCUGCAAAAGUAUCUGCAAGAAUUACAAUGACUUACAUAUAGCAGGAGGCCAGGUGAUGGCCAUUAACUCAGUGACAACAGAUUUCCCCCCCAAAAAUAGUUUUGAAUAUGGUCCUUUGCUGAAGUCAUAUGAAAUUCCUUUGCCCAUAGAGGAUUCUAUUUCUACUCAGCCCAAUGACUUUCCCCAGAAACCUGUCCAGCGGUAUUCAUCUUACUGGAGAAUAACGAGCAUCAAAGAGAAAAGCAGCCUGCAAAUGCAGAAGCCUAUUUCAAAUGCAGUGCUGAAUGAGUACCUGGAGCAGAAGGUGGUGGAGUUAUAUAAGCAGUACAUUAUGGAUGCUGAAUUUCAUGACAGUUCUCCUACCCAGAUUCUGGCAUCUGAACUCAUCAUGACAAAUGUGGACCAAAUUAGUCUUCAAGUGUCUAGAGAGAAGAACCUAGAGACCUCAAAAGCCAGGGAUAUAGUCAUUAGCCGUCUAUUAGAGUUGGCAUCAAGUGAGAUCAGCACUCCUAGUCUCCAUAUUUCUCAGUAUAGUAAUGUGAUUUCAUAGAAAAGAGGCUUCCAUUCCUCCCAAGCACUCAAACCCAAAGCAAUGCUUUAUUCGUUUAUUCACAGAAUGUGUGGGAGAGGGUCAUGAAAGGGAGUUAAGAGCUAGAGAAAUGAAGGUUAGAUGGAAGCUAGUUGUAAAUGAGCUUUGAGAAAAAGAAUGAGAUACCAUGAGGAAUUUUCAAAGACAGCUUUAUACAGCAGCAAGGCAAAAAUAAAAGUGACAAAAAUAAAAGAUUAUGAUUUAGUUAAAGGAGCAUAGAAAAUGGAAAAGACAAUACUACUAAGGAAUAAACACUAUGAUGAAAGUAAAAAGCAGAAAGGUUUCAUGGUAGACGGUUAAACAUAUGUUUGUUAUCCAAAUAAAUUCCUCCACGUGGUUUUUCUGGAAGAAAAAGGAAGAAAGAAUAUGUAGAAGGCUGCUAAACUUGAGUCAAAAGACAUGUUCAAAGUAUGUGUUUAUGUUUCUCUUUUCUAUAUUAGAUAUUGGAAUGCCAUUUACAUAUAUUCUUUAUAAAUAUUAAAAGAACGGAAAAUUG